AUGAGCGUGCCCGUGGCCAAGUCCUUCUACGACCUCAGCGCCACCUCCCUGCAGGGGGAGAAGGUGGACUUCAACAACUUUCGGGGCCGCGUGGUCCUCAUCGAGAACGUGGCGUCGCUCUGAGGCACCACGGUGCGGGACUACACCCAGCUUAACCAGCUGCAGGCCCGUUACCCGCGGCGGCUGGUGGUGCUGGGCUUCCCCUGCAACCAGUUCGGCUACCAGGAGAACUGCACCAACGAGGAGAUCCUCAACAGCCUCAAGUAUGUGCGCCCCGGCGGGGGCUUCGAGCCCAACUUCACGCUCUUCCAGAAGUGCCAGGUGAACGGGCAGGACACGCACCCCGUGUUCGCCUACCUGAAGGCGCACCUGCCCACGCCGGCUGAUGACCCGGCGCCACUCAUGGCUGAGCCGCGCUUCGUGGUGUGGAGCCCGCUGCGGCGGGACGACAUCUCCUGGAACUUCGAGAAAUUCCUCGUGGGCCCCGAGGGGGAGCCGUUCCGGCGCUACAGCCCGCGGCUGCCCACGGCACAGCUGGAGCCCGACAUCCAGCGCCUCCUCAAACUGGCCAAGUAG